AUGGACGAAAGCCACGAUGACGUCGCCAUCAACACGUUCAAAAGUGGUCUCCCCACCGAGCACGACUUAAGGAAAUCUCUAACUGGUAAACCCGUCACCAACGUUCGCCAACUGAUGGACAGGAUUGACAAAUACAAAAGGGUGGAAGAGGACCAGCUACAAGAGAAAGGAAAGGAGAAGAUCAUCCCCCCCCCCCUUAAAGGAAAUGAUUAUAGGUCGAAACGAUAUAACAGUAACCAGCCGAGGAGGGAUUUUUCGAGACAGACUGGACAGACCAACAUGCAAACGGUUAAUGCCAAAUUCAGAGAGCCGAUGCAACAAGUUCUGGAGAGGGUCAAGAAUGAGUCUUUCUUUAAAUGGCCGGAGACCCCUCGAAGCGCAACCAGAACCUUACAAGAGCCUCAAAAAGAUGUAUCUUUGAGACCUCCCACAGGGACGAUACACGUCAUCCUCGCUGCCCCAGGAAGAAUUGGCUCUUUUCCUUCUAGGGUGUUGUCUGUGGCUCGGCUCCCCGCCGAGGAUGGUGAGAGGGAGUCCAAAAGAUCUAAAAAGGGAAACUCCUUAAUAUUGGGGUUCUCAGACGAGGAUAAGGGAGGAACUAUCCAACCUCACGACGAUGCUUUGGUGGUUACAUUGAGGAUUUAA